AGAGCAAACUCAUUGCCCUGCUUCUUCUUCAAAAAGACCGAGCUCAGGCUGUUUGAUGCCAGCUACAGGAAAACAGACGGACAUCUGCUGUGAAACUCACUCAGUGGCUCGCUCUGAAUAAAGACGAUGUCUGAAUGAAGGCUGCCAUGGAGAUAAGGAGCCAUUCUCCCUGCUCAGUCUCGGUCCUCUCCAGUUGUUAUGAAUCUCAGCAACUCCUCGCCUGGCUGUGAGUGCCAGUCCCCUACAGACAAACUAAUGGACGACUGGCUCUUCCUCUCCUCUGAAUCUGCCGGGCCUCAGGGUGUCGAAGUGAGCACGGAUGUCCAAGAGGCAGAGGACAGAGGCAAACUCAGAUCCAAGCUGGUCUCAGCAUGGAACAGUGUCAAAUAUGGCUGGUCCUUUAAGCAGAAAUCCAAAUUCAGCAAGAGCUCUCCUGUGAUCAUGCUUGGAAAACACUAUGAGCUCAAGGAUCAAGGGGAGAGAGAACUUUUCCGGCGUACCUUUGUGUCCCUCCUGUGGUUGACGUACAGACGGGGGUUCCCUCCGCUGGCCGGCUGCUCUCUGACCACUGACGGCGGCUGGGGUUGUGUUUUACGUACGGGGCAGAUGCUGCUGGCACAAGGCCUCCUUCAACACCUGAUGCCACCAGGUUGGACUUGGUCUGUGAGCCACCAUGUGGUCAAAGAUGACAUGGACCUAGAGAGUCGCCCUGCAGACAAUGGACAGAGUUUCCAGGAGGGGCCGAAUAAGAGGUGUCGAAAACUGAGCUUGGGUUCCAUCCUGGACAGACCCAUGGAGGCCACACACAGAAGGGUGGUAUCAUGGUUCGCAGACCACCCCACAGCCCCUUUUGGGAUACACCAGCUGGUGGAAUUGGGCAAAAGCUCAGGGAAGAAAGCUGGGGACUGGUAUGGUCCUUCCAUUGCGGCGCAUAUCCUCCAAAAAGCUGUGGCAGCGUCUCCAGACCUUCCCAAUCUAGUCGUGUACGUUGCACAGGAUUGCACCAUCUACUUAGAGGACGUGAAGAGACUGUGUGAGCGGCCUGUCCCUCAGCCCUGGAAGUCCGUCAUCAUCCUGGUUCCUGUGCGACUCGGAGGACAAGAUCUCAAUCCUUCCUACGUUGCCUGCGUCAAAGAACUCUUCACGUUACAAUGCUGCAUCGGAAUCAUUGGGGGCAAACCAAAGCAUUCUUUGUUCUUCGUCGGCUUUCAAGAUGAUCAUCUGCUGUACUUGGACCCUCACUACUGUCAGCCCACAGUGGAUAUAACAAAGGACAACUUUCCUUUGGAGUCGUUUCACUGUAAAUAUCCCAGGAAGAUGUCUGUGUCUCGCAUGGACCCCAGCUGCACCAUAGGAUUCUAUGCUAAAGGCCAAAAGGACUUUGAAUCAUUGUGCACAGUUGUUAGUGAGGCUCUCUCCAAAUCUGCAGAGACGUACCCCAUGUUUAUAUUUGCUGAGGGACGUAGUCAGGAAGAGGAGCGAAGCUUUACACCCACAAACAACCUCACCUAUAUCCAGAGGAACGAACGGAGAAGAGUUGACACUAGCAACAGCAUGGACGAGUUUGUUCUAUUAUGAACAGAAGAACUUAAAAUCUGCCCUGAGGGGCGUUCAGUGAUCAGUGAUCGCAUAUAAAUGUAACAUUUACACUGUUACACAACUACUGAGCAUAAGAACAAUGUCCUCAAUGUCCACAAGCAAUAACCUCAAGGGACUCCUGGAAGGUUUUAUGAAAAGAAGUGGUAAGGUAUCAUUGAUGACAAUUUUUAUUGCUGUGUUGUGCUCAUUUGUAUUUUUUAUUUAUUGUUUUAAGAGGAGAACCUGAAUGAAUGAAUGAAGAUUAUUCAGUUGAAGGAAUUUAAGAGAUGAAGGAUGGUUUCUCAUGGUUUGUCAUCUCAGCCUAUUGGUGUUUAUCCAUAAUAUCCAUGAAUUUCUUUUUACUCAACCUAUUCAAAUGAAUAAAAAUGUAAUGUGUGACCCAGAGACAAACUUUAGGUAAGUGUUACUAUGAGAUGAAUAGAUUAGAAAACUGGACUCCUGUCAACAUGUGACUCACAUGUGAGUUGCACUGAAAGUAGAUGACUUAACUGGAGCAUUAGUCAAAUGUUGUGAAUGUACUGAGAAUAUUUGUAUGAGCUGGAUAAUUUUUACUGUCUUUUAUCUGAAUAAACAGUGUAUGAAU